AUGAUAGAACCACCCACCCCUUUAUAUUGUGAAGAUUGGGUACACACGUUAAAAGCUGAUAAUAUUGGAGAUUUAGAACCCACUUCCCCAGCUACUUGGUCCACUCAAAACAAGGCAAAAGUUACUUAUAGUUGGCCAUCCUCUAGACACGGACAAGUGAUCAAUGCUCAUUUGUCUCGUAUUCAAAUUUCGUAUGAUCCUUUUCAUGGGGUAAUGUUAGGUGCUUUCCCUUCAAUUUCCACCUGCAACAUAUUAACUGGGUCAUGCACGUUAGGAAGUCAAACUUUAAUUUGGAAACACCACCCUUUAAUUGAUUGCCCUCAAUACCAAACAACUGUUACUGAACUUAUUUUACAUUAUAAUUCUUCUAAUCAGAUUUACCGCCUAGAUUUUCCAAAACUUGGGCAAUCAAUCCAUAACUGGGGUUCAUGUGGCAAGUCAGUUAAAAGAUGUUUUAAGUCUGAUACUUUUUGUACCAAUAAUGGUUUGUUAUUCGAAACGCAACAAUGCAUUGCACUUGAUGGUUCAUCCCUUUUUACUCUUAAAUAUCCCGCCUUUAAUUACGAUUAUACUGUAAAGAAUUUUUCAGAAUCUUCUCCUCUAAUUGGGUUUAUUCAAGAAAGCACUGAUAGGGUUUCCCAGGUAAUAAACAAAUUGACAGCAGAUAUUAAUUAUUUGGAAUGCCAAAUUGAAAGCAUUCUAACCACUAAUAUUAAACUCCUGUCUAAACAAUACCCCGGUAAGAUCUUAAGUCAGUUACUAGGUGGGAACAGAGCAGCUAUCACCGUGGGUGAUAUAUUGACCGAAAUUGAAUGCCAACGUAUUAACGUUACCGUUCUUAGGAACCUCUUUUUACAGGGUAAAUAUGCUACCCGACCUUUAGUGCACUUUAUUAAUAAUAGCAAUGAAACGAUCAUUGCACAAAUAUUCCCUGAUUCUAACGCUUAUGUGGGUAUUCAUUUUUUUGAAAAUUAUACGCCUGGUCGUAUAUUUACGUUUCAAAUUGACGGUCGGUUCUAUAACUACGUCAAUUAUACCUUAAAUCAUGCGGAUAAAGUCAAAUCUAUCAAUCCAGACCAAAUCCCAAUAAUAGAUCAAAUUCGAACUUAUACCCUAGUCUGGCAGACUAGUCGAAUAGCAAUGCUCAUAUUAUACAUAUAUAUUAUACUUUAA